GAUGCCAAACCAUUAAAUAUAAGAGAUUUAUUAUUUACAAAUUUAAAAUAUAUAUCUGGUUAUUACUAUUUAAACUAUAAACAGGAAGUUCCUAAUAAUUUUUAAAAUUAAAAUUUAUUUAUUAUUGCCAAUUUAAAUAUAUAAUCACUUAUCUAUUAACUUUUUAUCUACGGUAAUUCAACUCAACUUAUUAAACAUUCACUGAAAAUCAUGGAUUUAAUUCAAGCUAUAAAAAUGUAUAUUAAUAAAAUGACUGAAGAUUGUGGUCCUGGUAUGAAAGUUCUUCUAAUGGAUAAAACAACGACUAGUAUUGUAAGUGCAGUAUAUAGCCAGUCAGAAAUAUUGCAACGUGAAGUGUAUCUUUUUGAACAAUUAGACUUGAACAAUAGUGCAGAUAAUAUGUACCAUAUGAAGUGCAUAACAUUUUUACGACCAACCAAGGAAAAUGUUUCACUAUUAUGUAAAGAGUUACGAAAUCCAAGAUAUGGUUAUUACUAUAUACAUUUCAGUAAUAUAAUAUCAAAAUCAGACAUAAAAACAAUUGCUGAAAGUGAUAUUCAAGAAGUUGUCCGUGAAGUGCAAGAAUUUUAUGCUGAUUUUUUAGCAGUCUCUCCUCAUCUUUAUACUUUCAAUAUUUCUUCUUGUGGACAAUGUCUCUCUUGGGACCCACUUCAAUUAACACGUUGUGCCCAAGGAAUAAUUUCAGUUUUACUGUCUUUAAAAAAAUGUCCAUUGAUUAGAUUUCAAGCAUCUUCCAAAAUGUGCAAACAAUUAUCUGAAAAAAUCAAGGAAGUAUUUUACAAAGAAGAAAAUUUAUUUAAUUUCAAGCAAACAGAUAUUCAACCACAAAUGUUAAUUCUUGAUCGUAGAGAAGAUCCUGUCACACCAUUACUAAUGCCUUGGACAUAUCAAGCAAUGGUUCAUGAACUAUUAACCAUUAACAACAACCAAGUUGAUUUAAGUCAUGUGGAAGAUAUCAAACCUGAUUUACAAAAACUAUUGUUAUGUGCUGAACAAGAUGAUUUGUAUAAACAAAACUUGUACAAAAAUUUUGGAGAAAUUGGUGAAAUAAUGAAGUCUUUAAUUGAUGAAUUUAAAUUAAAAGCAAAAAGUCAUCAAAAACUUGACACAAUUUCAGACAUGAAAGCUUUUGUAGAAAAUUAUCCUCAGUUUAAAAAAAUGUCUGGUACUGUCUCCAAACAUGUUAUUAUAAUGGAACAACUUUCAAAUUAUGUGUCAAAAAAAAAUCUUCUUGAAGUAUCAGAACUUCAACAACAAAUUGCUUGUAACAUUCAAACUUCUCAGCAAGCACAAAAAAUCAGAGAACUUAUUGAAAAGGGAAUCCCAGAAGAUGAAGCAAGUAAACUAAUUAUGUUGUAUGCUUUAAAAUCAAAUAGUAAAGACAGCAAAAGAGAAUUAUCCAAUCUCAUACAGCUACUUAAGUCUAAAAAAGUUCCUGAUCAUUGGCUAGAAUUAGUUACUGAUAUUUUAAAAUACCAAAGCAAGACCUUAAUUGAUAAAGAAAAUACUCUAGAAAGUGCUAAACAAAUAACAAAACGAUUUUAUAAGGAUUUAAAAGGAGUGGAUAAUAUUUUUACACAAUAUGUUCCAUUGUUAAAAGACAUUGUAGAAGAUUGGAUUAAAUCUAAGUUAAAAGAAGAACAUUAUCCAUUUAUAAGUGAUAUUAAUCAGAUGACAAAAUACAAAGUGCAAGAUCUUAUUGUAUUUGUAAUUGGAGGUGUUACUUAUGAAGAAUCCAUGGCAAUUCAUCAAUUAAAUAUGGCAAAUCCACAUGUUAGAGUUAUUUUGGGUGGCAGUAAAAUACACAAUUCACAAUCUUUCUUGAAUGAUAUUAAAAUGUCUACUUUUGGAGUGAUUAAAACUAAACCUGGAUCUCGGCAGUUAUAAUAAAACUAUUUAUGAAUAUUAAAUUUUUUAUAGUGAUAUUUUAUACAUUGCCAUUUGUGUUAUAUUGUUACAUGUAUUUUUAUGUUUAUUUAUUAUUUUAUAUUUUCUUAUUCUACAAAAACUAUAUACUUAAUGACUAUUAAAAUUGAAAUUAAAAUGAUUGA